AAUUAAUAGCAUAAUAGCAUUAUAACUAUGUUUAAAUAUAUAGUUUGGAUAACAUAAUAACAAGGAUAUACAUAUUUUCAAUUAGCAUAUGACUCAUCUUAUACAUACUGGGACAGUUUUAACCUAUGGCUCUCGCUAAUUGACGUACAAGAUCGAAUCAGAAUCAUGACGAUUUGUGAACAAAGCUGCCAAUAAAACCGCAGUCGAAAAAAAUUGUUAAAUUGCUUAUUAUGUUAUAUGCUCUAUUGGUUGAAAUAUUAGAAAUCCAUACAGUUUAAACGGUCAUAACAUUAGAGUUAAUAAGACUGAAAAGUUAUAACAUUAUCUAUUUUAAAUUGCAAGACCUUGAGCGCCCCCGUGUGGUAUUUCUGAUAAAAUUCAUACGUCACAACGAUAACAUGGGAUUUGUUUGUACUGGGGAUUACAACUAAUACUGAUCACUAUUAAUAUUAUGUAUGUGUAUGGAGUAACCCAAUCACACAUCGUAUUAUACAUGAAUCUUAUCAUGUUUUUUUAAUCUGCAACGUAAUGCUGUUGAAGUCACCAACUGAUACUGAAAUGCAGGCUUUUUCAGGCCUGGAGUGGGUGGGGUUUUGUCGCUGAUUGCUUACUGUAAUGCAGAAAAUGACAAAGAAAAUAUUGCACGUAUACAUGUUUCCCUGAGUAUUAACAUGUCCUACAAAAGUUUUGAUAGGGUGACUCAAACUGGAGUCUGAAUGGGUAUGCUGGCGUGCUUCCCGAUGCUGUAGGCUCCAGGUUUACUGCUGCGCCGCGUUGGCGUAGCCAAGUGGCUGAGAAAGAUGGAUGGAUCAUUCCAAGCUGACACCCAUAUAAUUGUAGGCUGUUUGUUACUCAUCUCUUUCUAGGCUUCUAAUGACAGCUCACAUCCUAUGGACUGAACACGUGAUAAAGUACAAAGUGCGAGUUGAAUGGGGCUGUUUAUUAAAUAUAAUCAUACUUGAGGGAUGGGUGUCAUUACAUAUCACCGUUUCGACUCUUAUUUGAGCUUUAUUUCUGGGCUGAGUGCACUGUGCUGCAUGUCCCAACAAUAAACCGCUGCGUCCCACAUCCAAGCCAAGUUUUGUAACUAUGAACUGCCCUCUACUCUGUUUUGGAAAGAGACCUUCCUCCCCCACACCCUUAUUUUAGAGAAGCCACAUACGCUUUUUAGGCUUAUUUGGUUCGGUAACUCGGACUUACGUCUUUGGGCCAGCCAAUUUUGAUAUGUCCCCCAUAAUCUUUUUUCCUCCCCCAAAGAAUUAUUACUUGUUUUCUUUAGAUUAGAUGUUUGAUAUUUCUCAAGCUGACAGUUUUCUUGUGCUUACAUACAGUAACUUUUUAAAUAUUUUUUUAUUGUCACAAUGGCCUCAGCUCCUUCAGCUUCGGCUUUAUCGGCUGUUCUUCGCUGCAGGGGAAAUAUAUUCAACAAAAAACGGCCUGGAAGCGGCUACAGCCUCGGACCCAAGUGCGGGACGCCCGGCGAGCCGGUAGCGUCUAGUGCGUGCUCGGAGUCGCGUCAGCCCCGGCUGGCGUGGAGGGCGCUACUUUUCGGGGGACACGCCGAGGCCAGAGACGGGAUACCCGUGGUUAUCCGGUGGCAGCUGCUCCGCAAGGUGCUGACCGACAGAUCCAGGGAAGCCGGAGCUCCGGUAAGCGGCCGCCACCGGCGGACGGAGGCGCAGAUUCCCUGCAAGCGGUCUGCGGCUGCGCCAGCGUCGGCCGGACGGGGACCCAAGCGGGGAUCUGGCUUCGCGGAUACGGUUUUGUUGGCUUUAGGGCCAGGGAAAGGCACUUCACCGAGGGAACCAAGAAACGGCAGGAUCGCCGGAGCUGCCCUGGAUCAGUCAGCACCCAAGACGUGUUUGUUUGUGCAGUGUUUGCUGAAAUCAAAGGGAUUCAGCGACGACUACGGGCCGCCGGUGAGGCUCCGCGCCGUCUGGGCGUCUCUCAAGGGCGGCUGCUCGCUUCUUAACGCCCUGCUGUCGGAUCUCCUGCGCAGACGAUUUAUAGUUGCAGAUGGAUCUCGGUGCAUCCACGGUAUAUUCAAGGUGGACGAUCAAAGGGCGACUUUUGCCAAAAGUCAAGACCCAUCCAGCAGCUAUAACGACUGUCACACGGUAAUCGGUUUUAAAGGAAGACGCCGCCCUACUAGUUUGGAAGUAGAAGGAGGAUCUCCAAAAUCCACAUCCUGCCCCAAAACCUCUACAGUCUCUGGAAAAUGAGGACUUCGGUUGAGGGGAAUCCCCGCUCUCCUCGGCUCCUGUGUGACGUGUUUGCCGGCCCUCGGGUGAGGGUUUCCGUUUUGGGGUGUCCAGCUUAAAGUACGCGCUUUAAUCCACAAGACAAAAGGUUAUUCCGCUGGUUUUUUGCCAGAGGUCAUUUCAUCAUAAUAUUUAUUUAACAGACCUUUUGUUUCAUACAAGUUGCACGACAGGUUUAUGUAUUUUUUUUUUUUGCACAUUUUAUGAAAUGGCUACGUGUAGAUCAAAACGAACUUCUAAAAGUUGUCGCCAAGAUUUUCUUAAGUCAGUUAAAAAACAGCACUUUUAAUGUAAGACCAUCGACUAUUACGUCAGUGGAAUAUUUUUAUUAAAAAGUUCAAAUGUAAUACACAUAUGUCAUUGUGACAUGAAAGAUGUAUUCAGCUCAGUAUUUCCGUGCUAAAUAUGUAAGGAAAAGUUUUUGUUCCAUAAGCCAUUUGAAAUAUCAGGAUAAUCGGUCACCGUUUAUGUAUAAAUCACCAAACUGUGUUCAUUAGGAGAAACGCUCCUCUCUUCAUCUCUAAUAAUUAUUGGCUGCUAAAGCUCUCAGUGGUUAAGAUCAACUUGUAGUUGUAUAAUUGUUUUAAGACACUAAAAAGUCGAGAGCAUUGUUAUGUGGCUUGGUAAACGACCUAUAUAACACAUCACUCUCCUUGAAUAUGGAUCAAACUCCUUCCCUGGGUCCCCCACCUGCUUUACUAUCAAUCCCAUGACUGCCUCCUUGGGCCAGUGCUGUGGGAUCAGGGUGACAUCUAACUUGGUUAAGGUCAAAUGUGUUUUUUUUCCUCCAGUUUGACCUGUUAGCCAAAUCUUAUUAUAAUAUUGAUAUCAAUAAUUGUAUUGCUGGAUGUAAUAUAUAGAAUAGAAAAUCCUGCAUAAUGCUGACAAUAUGGAAUAUUUUUGGAGGAACCUGAGAGAGUCUGCAGUGGAUGUGGGGGAGAUCCAAGGAGCUGCAUGUCUCCACAGUGUGCAAGAAUGGAAUAAUAGAGAAACAGUAUCAGGUUUCCUCAAGGCCUGGAGACCUUUGCCAUUUUGGCUCCCUCAACAUGAUGCAUACAUCUGUUCUAACACAAACGGGUGUUUCUUUUUAACAGCGUGUAUGAACCCGCCCCAUUCUGUCAAUCGAUUUUGCAAGGUUCUCCAUUAAUGGAAAUGUAGGAAGUUCGUACAGUACUGUUAAUUUAUUUUUGAUAUGCCUUGCCGUUCUGUUAAGAAAAAAAGAAAUGUGUGGAUAAAGUAACUGAAAUCUACAGAAAGACAGAAAUACAGUCAUAAUCGCCGCAUCGUUAAUAUGGGAAAAUACCAUGUUGAACCACAGUUUUAGGUGAUUCUGAUUAUUUGUCAGCUUUCUAAAAGUGAUGAUGAUGGUUAAUGAUCAAAUCAUAUUAAUGAUACAAGAAAUCAGUGGAUUUUUUUGUAGAAUGUUAUUGCACAAAAUGCUUUGAAAUAUAUUUUAGAAAUUAAAAGUCAAAUUCAAUCCA